AUGCAAGCUGUUCGAAAAUAUUCAGUGAACACACUAGUAAACUGGAAUGCCCCAAAAACUUGUCAUAUUUCAGUAGAUAUGUACACAAAUUACGAAGAACAAAUGAACGUCACUAGGCGGCAUCAGAACCAUUAUGAACAUGGCCCGUCUGACAGUCACCCGGAUGCAUUAAUCAGACGAAAUUCAACGCAGUCAUGCGUCAGCUUUGCUGAUACUGUACAAAUGGCUCAAGAUGAGGUCUUUGCUGGACCAAUGGGCGAAAGUGUUCCAACAAGCUUGUCAUCAUUCGCGCAUUUUAGAAGUCGCGCAGAUUCCACCACUAGCUUCACUUUUCACCAAGACGACGAUGAUAAUCAAGAGCCAUACGACAGUCCAACGGUUGAUGAAGACUCUGAAUCAGACUCUAGAGAAAUUCUUAUUGAUUUGGAAGCAGGUACGCUGCCGCCACCAGGACCAAGAUUCUCUGAUCCAUCGCAGCUCUCCGAAUACGACGAACUUUUAGGAAACAACCACAAAAGAACAAGCAUUAGCCAUGUUUAUCGUGACAACAGAUUUAGCCAAAAGCUACAUCUCCCUUCAGACGAUCUCACUAUAGUGAUAGCGGGUUUCGAUACUUCCACAGCUAGAUAUAUCUUAUAUCUCAUUAUUUGUCUUGUUUCGUGUGGACUCGGGUAUUUAAUUCUACGCUGGCUGCCACGAUGGAAGGUUCGCCUGAUAGGAAAGUCUUGUCAAUUACAAUGUUGCGAUUGGGUGGCUAUCGAGAAUCAAAGAGGAGAUUUUAUUACACAGCGAAUAGACUCCAAGAAAUAUGGUCAUCCAUUAUCCACAGUUUUUGGAAUAUCUAGGUUGAUGCACAGUUUCCAAGAUGAAGAAGAAGAUCCCAUAAUGGAAAAGUUACGCGUCCUAGAAUAUCGUUGCUUGAGGUUUUCAUUUCACCCCUUGAAAGAUGAGUUUAUCUUAAAUAAUAGCUGGAAAGAUCCAGCCUGGACCGACGUGAAAUCUAUCCGGGCCGGCAUUGCUGGUGACAAAAAGGAAACUCGUGAACUGGUAUUUGGGAAGAACUUAAUAGAUAUUAAAAAUAAGCCUCUAAUGCAACUAUUGAUCGACGAGGUAUUCCACCCAUUCUACAUUUUCCAAGUAGCCAGUUUGAUCUUAUGGUCACUCGAUCAAUACUUCUAUUAUGCGACUUGCAUCUUCCUAAUAUCGGUAAUUAGUAUCGUCACAGCAGUUUUUGAGACUCGGUCCCAGUCAAUGAAGAGACUUAGUGAAAUUACCAAAAUGGAGUGUGAUGUUCGCGUUUUACGAAAUUCAUUCUGGCGAUACGUGGAAGCUAGUGACCUUGUGCCUGGAGAUAUCUUUGAGGUUACAGAUCCUGCUCUAAGGCAAUUUCCUUGUGACAGUAUCUUGUUAUCUGGUGACUGUGUAGUAAAUGAAAGCAUGUUGACUGGGGAAUCAGUUCCGGUAUCGAAAAUACCAGCAAGAGAUGAAACCCUUCGAGAUCUCAACUUGAACGCUCCUUCAAUUUCACCAGAAGUCGCUAGACAUUUUCUGUAUGGUGGAACAAAGAUCGUACGGGCGAGACGCCCUCAGGAUCACCGAGAAGACGAGGCCGUAGCACUGGCUAUGACGGUUCGUAUCGGUUUUAACACAACCAAAGGUGCCCUCAUCCGCUCAAUUCUUUUUCCAAAACCAUCUGGGUUUAAAUUUUAUCGAGAUUCCUUUCGAUACAUCUCAGUUAUGGCUGGAAUUGCUCUCCUUGGCUUUAUUGUUUCUUUUAUAAAUUUUGUCCGUCUAAAAUUAGCUUGGCAUCUUAUAAUUGUUAGAGCAUUAGACCUGAUAACCAUCGUUGUCCCGCCUGCCCUACCUGCUACUCUCACUAUCGGUACAAACUUCGCUUUAAGCAGGUUAAGAAAGAAGAAAAUAUUCUGUAUAAGCCCUCAAAGAGUAAAUGUAGGGGGCAAGCUGGAUUUAAUUUGCUUCGAUAAAACUGGGACUCUAACAGAAGAUGGCUUGGAUGUUUUAGGUAUUCGAGUUGUUCUACCGUGCAAGGAACGGUUCAGUGACCUUUACACUUCGGCGCUUUCGCUACUUCCAGUACCAUAUUGUGAAGGAGUCACCGACACAGAAUAUUUUUCGCAAAAUGCGGUUCUACACACGAUGGCAACUUGUCACUCCCUUCGUGUUAUCGGGCCAGAAAUUAUUGGAGACCCACUUGAUGUCAAAAUGUUUGAGUUCAUCGGGUGGUCUUUGGAAGAAGGGCAAGAGGGUGGGGAUGACAUAGACGGAGAGGAACAGAGCAGCCUAUCACCUUCAAUAGUCAGACCACCUGUCAUGGCCUGUGGACUAAAUAACGACGAACGAUUCUCAAGCAAAUCUCUUGUUGAGCUGGGUAUCCUAAAAUCAUUUGAGUUUCUACCACGACUUCGUCGUGCAAGUGUUAUAGUAAGAAAUCUUGGUUCUUUAGGAUGUGAUGUAUAUGUCAAAGGGGCUCCAGAAUGUAUGAGGGACAUAUGUAAACCUGAGAGCUUUCCUCCUGAUUACGAAAAGCUUCUAGCUUAUUAUACGCACAGAGGAUAUAGAGUAAUCGCGUGUGCCACUAAGCAUAUAGCUAAGUUAAAUUGGGUCAAAAUUCAAAAGAUGUGUAGGACUCAAGCUGAAUCAGAACUAAGCUUUGUUGGCUUUAUCAUAUUUGAGAACAAAUUGAAGCCUACAACUUGUGAAGUUAUAAAUGAGCUAACAGAGGCGGGAGUUAGGAAGGUAAUGUGUACAGGUGAUAACAUUUUGACUGCCAUCAGCGUGGCAAGAGAGUGUAACCUCAUUAAGGAGACGGAACAUUGCUUCGUUCCUCGUUUUUUUGAAGGGCAUCCUCAAGAUCCCAAUGCUCGCCUGCGCUGGGAUAGUAUUGAUGAAGAAUCAUUCACCUUAGAUGAAUCAAAUCUAUCACCUAUGCCACACAUAGCCAGCAUAAACCCUUGCGAGCCUGACAAAUCCACAUGUCGUUCGUACUCGUUAGCAAUAAGCGGCGAUGUAUUUCGAUGGUUGGUAGACUUUGCACCAGUAGAUGUUCUCAACAAGGUGCUUGUUCUCGGACAAGUAUUUGCUCGAAUGUCACCUGAUGAGAAACAAGAGUUAGUCGAAAAGCUUCAAGGUAUUGGUUACUGUUGUGGAUUCUGUGGUGACGGUGCAAAUGAUUGCGGCGCUUUAAAAGCAGCAGAUGUUGGAAUUUCUCUCUCAGAAGCAGAAGCCUCUGUUGCUGCACCGAUAACUAGUCAAGUCUUCGACAUUACCUGUGUUCCUGAGGUUAUCCGCGAGGGUCGAGCAGCAUUAGUCACUAGUUUCAGCUGCUUCAAGUACAUGAGUCUAUAUUCAGCCAUCCAGUUUACAUCAGUCACGUUUCUCUAUGCAUCUGCAUCAAACCUUGGGGACUUCCAGUUCUUAUACAUAGAUCUGAUUAUAAUCUUACCAAUUGCAAUCUUCAUGGGAUGGACGGGAGCCUAUCCGGUUUUGUCUCGUAAAAGACCAACUGCCAAUUUGGUUUCAAGAAAAGUCUUGGUACCUCUAGUAGGUCAGAUGAUUAUAUCUAUAUUAUACCAAUCAAUUGGUUUCUUUACUGUUAGGAAACAAAAUUGGUUUAUACCUCCUGUCCUUGAUAAAAACAAAUCAAAUAUUAUGCAUUCAGAGAAUACGGUUCUCUUUUUACUAUCAUGUUUCCUGUACAUAUUUUCUAGUGUUAUACUGAGUGUUGGACCGCCAUUCCGACAAAGCGUGGCUCUGAACUUACCUUUAAUGACGGUGGUUAUUGGUACCCUAAUGUUUUCUACGUACAUGCUCCUGUACCCUUCAGCAGCACUAAUGAGAUUCAUGCAAUUAACAAAAAUGAGCAGAGAUUUUCAAAUUUUUAUCCUUUGUUUAGGGGCUAGUUAUCUGGUAGUCGCAUGGUUAUCAGAAGGUUACUUACUACCUUGGCUCUCUAGGUUCAUGGGUAAGAUAAUGAAUCGACGGAGUCCUAAGCAGAGGAAAAUAUAUAAAGUCGUUUCUAGUAGUAUGUAA